UCAUGAUCCUGUCCGUGCUCUUGUGCGCCGUGUUGUGCGGGCUCGGUAUCAACUCCAUCGUGCGCUGCGCGUUCCGGUGCUCGACUAAUGAUGUUGAUCCAAUACCACAAGUGCAACCUACUCGUGUGAGAAGGAAAGCAGUGAGAGCUCUUCCCGUGCUGGUAUUCUCCAACUUGAUCGAGUUGCCCGGUGGCAACGCCGAGUGUGCUAUUUGCUUGUCGGAGUUUGUGGCCGGAGAACGUGUGCGAGUUUUGCCAAAGUGUAACCAUGGAUUCCAUGUUAAGUGUAUUGAUAGAUGGCUUAUGGGGAGCUCAUCUUGUCCCACUUGUCGCCAGUGUUUGUUUCCUUUCAAGACGAAGGUGGCCGGCUGCGCCGUCGAGGAUGCUCGGGCAGGAUCGAUGGUGACUCCGCCGCAGCCACUGCCACCGGCGGUGGAGCUUGUUUUGCCUUUGGAAGCUGAAGGUUUUGUUAGUUCUUUCAGGUGAUGUGUUUAAUUGACCGAGUUCAAAACACGCCCGGAUAUAAUCAUAGAUAUUUGUUUGUAAGUGCUGGUUUGCAACUCAAUUUUUAUGUCAGCAAAGUGAAAAUAUAAAUUUACUGGCUCAAGUUUUACUGUA